UGUACCUUAUGAUUUCCUUGCCAGACCCUGGGAAUCCAGAGUCGCAAAAUAAACACCACCGCGCGGCUAAUCGCCAACUCGGAAACAAAACAGCGCUGAGCUGGGGGAUCUGGGCAAAACCAGCCCUCCCCUCUUCUCCUCCACCGCCGCCCUCCCUUCGCCGCGCGGCUCCACUAGCUCAGCUCUGCUCAGCUCUGCUCAGCUCUGCUCAGCUCUGCUCAGCUCUGCUCAGCUCUGCUCAGCUCUGCUCAGCUCUCCUCAGCGCAGCGCAGCUCGGCAGCCUCCUAGCCGAGGCGGGCACGCUCGCGCAGUCGCCAGCACCAGCUCCAAGCUCCCGCCCGAGCUCCGUCAGGUCUCGCUUUUGCGGGGUCCCCUUCGGGCAGGAGUCGAGUAGCGAGAGCCCGCGGCUGCGGCACAAAGUUGGGGGGCCCGCGAGGAUGAGGCUGCCCCCGGCGUCCCUGAGGCUCAGCCGGAGUCCAGCGCUGCUGGCCCUGGCGUUGCCCCUGGCUGCCGUGCUGGCCUUCUCCGACGAGACCCUGGACAAAGUGCCCAAGUCGGAGGGCUACUGCAGCCGCAUCCUGCGCGCCCAGGGCACGCGGCGCGAGGGCUACACCGAGUUCAGCCUCCGCGUGGAGGGCGACCCCGACUUCUACAAGCCGGGAACCAGCUACCGCGUGACACUUUCAGCUGCUACUCCCUCCUACUUUAGAGGAUUCACAUUAAUUGCCCUCAAGGAAAACAGAGAGGGUGAUAAGGAAGAAGACCAUGCUGGGACUUUCCAGAUCAUAGAUGAAGAAGAAACACAGUUUAUGAGCAACUGCCCGGUUGCAGUCACUGAAAGCACCCCCCGGAGGAGGACGAGGAUCCAGGUGUUCUGGAUAGCGCCACCAGCAGGAACGGGCUGUGUGAUUCUGAAGGCCAGCAUCGUACAGAAACGCAUCAUUUAUUUUCAAGAUGAGGGCUCUCUGACCAAGAAACUUUGUGAACAAGAUUCCACAUUUGAUGGUGUUACUGACAAACCCAUCUUAGACUGCUGUGCCUGUGGAACUGCCAAAUACAGACUCACAUUUUAUGGGAACUGGUCUGAGAAGACACAUCCAAAGGAUUAUCCCCGUCGGGCCAAUCACUGGUCUGCAAUCAUUGGUGGCUCCCACUCCAAGAAUUACGUGCUGUGGGAGUAUGGAGGAUACGCAAGUGAAGGCGUCAAACAAGUUGCAGAGUUGGGCUCACCAGUGAAAAUGGAGGAAGAAAUUCGACAACAGAGUGACGAGGUCCUUACUGUCAUCAAAGCCAAAGCUCAGUGGCCAGCCUGGCAGCCUCUCAAUGUGAGAGCAGCACCCUCGGCUGAAUUUUCAGUGGACAGGACACGCCAUUUAAUGUCCUUCCUGACCAUGAUGGGACCCAGCCCCGACUGGAAUGUGGGCCUGUCUGCAGAGGAUCUGUGCACCAAGGAAUGCGGCUGGGUCCAGAAGGUAGUGCAAGACCUGAUUCCCUGGGACGCUGGCACCGACAGUGGGGUGACCUAUGAGUCACCCAACAAGCCCACAAUUCCCCAGGAGAAAAUCCGGCCCCUGACCAGUCUGGACCAUCCUCAGAGUCCUUUUUAUGACCCAGAGGGUGGGUCUAUCACUCAAGUAGCCAGAGUUGUCAUCGAGAGAAUUGCCCGGAAGGGGGAACAAUGCAAUAUUGUACCCGACAAUGUGGACGAUAUUGUAGCAGACCUGGCUCCAGAAGAGAAAGAUGAAGAUGACACCCCUGAAACCUGCAUCUACUCCAACUGGUCCCCGUGGUCCGCCUGCAGCUCCUCCACCUGUGACAAAGGCAAGAGAAUGAGGCAGCGCAUGCUGAAGGCACAGCUGGACCUCAGCGUCCCCUGCCCUGACACCCAGGACUUCCAGCCCUGCAUGGGCCCAGGCUGCAGUGAUGAAGACGGCUCCACCUGCACCAUGUCGGAGUGGAUCACCUGGUCGCCCUGCAGCAUCUCCUGCGGCAUGGGCAUGCGAUCCCGGGAGAGGUACGUGAAGCAGUUCCCGGAGGACGGCUCCGUGUGCACGCUGCCCACCGAGGAGACUGAGAAGUGCACGGUCAACGAGGACUGCUCUCCUAGCAGCUGCCUGGUGACCGAGUGGGGCGAGUGGGACGAAUGCAGCGCCACCUGCGGGAUGGGCAUGAAGAAGAGGCAUCGCAUGGUCAAGAUGAGCCCAGCCGACGGCUCCAUGUGCAAGGCCGAGACGUCCCAGGCAGAGAAGUGCAUGAUGCCCGAGUGCCACACCAUCCCAUGCCUGCUGUCCCCAUGGUCCGAGUGGAGUGACUGCAGCGUGACCUGUGGGAAGGGCAUGCGGACCCGCCAGCGGAUGCUCAAGUCUCUCGCCGAACUCGGGGACUGCAACGAGGAGCUGGAGCAGGUGGAGAAGUGCAUGCUGCCCGAGUGCCCCAUCGACUGUGAGCUCACCGAGUGGUCCCAGUGGUCGGAAUGUAACAAGUCAUGCGGGAAAGGUCACAUGAUUCGAACCCGGAUGAUAGAAAUGGAGCCUCAGUUUGGAGGUGCACCCUGCCCAGAGACCGUGCAGCGAAAAAAGUGCCGUGUCCGGAAAUGCCUCCGAAAUCAGUCCAUCCAGAAGCUGCGCUGGAGGGAGGCCCGAGAGAGCCGGAGGAGUGAGCAGCUUCGGGAGGAGUCCGACGGCGAGCAGUUCCCAGGCUGCAGGAUGCGCCCCUGGACGGCCUGGUCGGAAUGCACCAAACUGUGCGGAGGUGGGAUUCAGGAACGCUACAUGACUGUGAAGAAGAGGUUCAAAAGCUCUCAGUUUACCAGCUGCAAAGACAAGAAGGAGAUCAGAGCGUGCAACGUUCACCCUUGUUAGCAAGGGUGCAAGUUUCCCAGGGCUGCACUCUCGAUUCCAGAGUCACCAAUGGCUGGAUUGUUUGCUUGUUUGUUUAUAGCAAUUUAAAUCGUGUACACUAGAUUUCAUUUCUGCAGUGUGGUUUGCCCAGUAGUCUCGUGGAUGCCAGGGAAACCCUUUCUGUAUACUUAUUGGUUGGCACGGGCUCAGUGGGCUCCCUCAUCCUUGGCUGGCCCCCCUCCAGCACUGACCAUCAGCCAGCCCAUACGAGGCGGAAACGUGUCCCUCUGGAGCAUCCACCUGGGCCGCAGGACCGACCCUGGCUGCCUCAAAUGGAGAGGUGAUUGUGUCUAGAAAUGACACUAUGCCUCGGUCCCAGGGUGCAGCAAGGGGGGGAACAUUCCCAGCCAGCCAAACAAAGGAGAUGCCCCCCGCGCUUGUCUUUGGCCUGUUCAUUCUGGCCAGAAACUAUUGUUUGCCCAUCCUUUUCAUUUAGUGGAACUUUAGGUCCCUUGCUGAGUGUCUCCAGUCAUCAGUAGUUCUUGGGGAAAACAGAACCAGUAGACGUGAGAAGACACAUGGAUGUUGGGCGGCUUUCCUUCUUUCACUGAGGAAUUCUGAACAUACUGCUCUCACACCUCAGUAUCGGUUCCUAAUACCCCAAAAGAAAUGAUGGCUGCCUUCUUGGAUUAUAAUGUUGGUUCUUACACUUGAGGCAAAGGGUAACUAAGUCUAGAAAGCAUUGUCUCACUUUUGUUUGAACUUUCUGAUACUAGAUCCUUACCAAGGCCAACGCAGCCAACUGGCCUCCCCAAAGGCCCCAAACCUGAGUUUUAAACACCUAUGGACACACAUUAUUUUGACUUUAAGGUUUUCAAGCUGGUAUCUACCAAGGAAACAUUAUUUUAGUUAUAUAAACGUACAUAAACAUCUGCCCAUAACCCACCAACCCAGUCCUCUAAUACAAAUUAUUCUUUGUACUUAAAAAUUUGGGUUUUUUUUUCCCCCAAGUCACAGAAUUUUAUUUCAGAGACCAAGAAAGAAGUCUAGGAAGAAAGAAAUGUUACAGAAUCAAGCUGGGCAAGAAAAUCAAAACUAUUCCUUUCCCCACCCAGAGGCUCUGGUCCCCGACACACCCAUAAAAGGCCAGGGUUGUCCUCUCCCUAGGAGCACUCACAGGCACACAGAAUUCCAGGAGACCGACUACCACCGAGUACUCGUAAAAGGCUGUUACUGAGUUGAGUCUAUCAGCAGAUCUCACUCAUUCAUUUAUUAUUAAAUUUUUUAAGUAGGUUUCCUUUACUAUGCCUAAUCCAAAUAUGUAUUAUGGAUGAGAUACAUGCACAGUGCUUUGAUUACUAUUUUAAGAAUCUGCAUUAAACACAGCAGGGUAUUUCCAAACACCAUAUAUAUAAAUAUAUAUAGCUAUAUACGCUAUAGCCCUGAAUCUGUAUUAUUUUCUGUAACACAAGAGAGUGUUCAAUAAAAAACUCACUGGGUCUGUUUUUCUGUUUUUAAACUACGUUGUUGAGAAGGUCGGGCAUUUUACAAUCGUUAUCCACUCAACCAUACUCAGCCAAAGGUAUGGCUUUUCCCCCCCUUGUUCUGGAGGGGCCGUUGUUAGCACAUCCCUGAGCUUCCUCAAGCUUUGAGUCGUUUCCAACACUAUUUUUUAAAUCCUUACAUGAACUGCUUUUUCCUCUCACAAAGGAACAUAAUAAAAAGAAAUAAAAGGUUUAACUUUCUUCUUGGACAAAAAAAGUCUUGAUACAGAAUCUGCCCAAUUUUGCAUCAGUCCUAUUAGUAAGUGUUUACUCUCAAGCCAUGAAAAUCAAAGUUCCUUAAGAUGAUUAUUCCUCAGUAACUCUAAGAUCAAGUCACCCCAAUGUCUUGUGUUCCUGUUGGAUCUCUAUUAAGUAUAUUUUAAAUCCUAAUUUUGGAGAUUUAAAACCAGGUAACUGGUUAAAGGCUGAGAAUAAGUAACAUGAUUCUUGUUACAUGUGUUAUUUUUUUGAUUGUUUGUUUGCAAAGGGGAGUUUAUGAGACGUAUCAAAUCUUUUUCUUACCAAAGUCUUGUGUUAGGUGGUUUAUAGUUUUUCUGGUUAACCAAUCCUUUUGGAAAUAAAGACUUUUUACUACAAAAAUUAAAUUUGUUUGGACUUCCACUUGAGAUGGUAGUAAAUAGACCAUAAGAUAUCCAAUAAAAAUUGCCAUAUAAAUUACAAAGCAUUUAUAAUUGUUGUCUAUUUUUAUCAAUGCCAAAUCAGUUGCAAUCCACUUUAUGUCCACAUGUUAAGAUGACAAGAAGGAGUUCAGAGCUAUAUUUCCCCACCACGAGACAUCGGGUCACUCAUCAAUCACCCUGCCAAAGCAUUUUUAAAGGAAAUAUGUUGUAGCAAAUGAAAAUAAAGCCU